AUGGAGCUCCUGAUACUAGACCAGAUCGUUCCAAAACUUACACCUUUUGUCUCCGUCUUCAUACCAGAGCUUCCCAGCUACGGCGUAUCAACCCCCACCAACGGCACCCUUACCAAGCGCCUGAUGGGCCACGCCAUCCUCUCCGCCCUCCAAACUGUCUUCUCCCUUACCCCGUCCCAAAGAACCAAAAUCAUCCUCGUGGGCCACGACCGCGGCGCCCGCAUCUCACACCGUCUCGCCAUAGACUUCGCCCACCCAGACCCUUCCACCUCUCACGUCCUCUCGCACUUCGAUCUCCAAGGCCUCAUCCUCAUGGACAUCCUCCCUCUCACCGUUCAGUGGACCGCCAUGGCCACAGACCCAUCCGCCGCAGCAGCUUACUUCCACUGGACGUUCCUCGCCCGCCCGGACAUGGCGAUACCGAUGAUCAAGGCAUAUGGCGGCGACAGCUUCUGCCGGGAAAUGCUUGGCAAGGGGACUGGUAAUAAUGAGGCUGGACGCGCGAGCUUCUUCGCUGGGAAUUCCGUUGAGAUCUAUGCGAGGAAUUUCGGAACUGAUCAUGCGAUCCGCGGGGCCUGCGAAGAUUACGCAGAUGGUGCGAGGACCGAAGUGCAACUGGAGAAGGAGGAUCGAGCCGCCGGAAGGAAGAUCGUGGUGCCGACCUUGGUGUUGUGGAGUGAAGGGGGCAUAGGGCGUUGGGGUGAUGUGGGGAACAUAUGGAGAGAUUGGAUUGAGCAGGGUAUAAGAGUUGACGGAUCGGGAAUUGGGGAUAGGGUGGGGCAUUGGGUGGCGGAGGAGGCUCCGGACAUUGUAACAAAAGAGGUCACCGGUUUCUUGGAGUCGUUGGGUGUGAAGAUGGGAUAG